AUGUUAGUACCGAACGUUAGUUGUUCUUGCAACUCGCCUCAUUUGGGGCAGAAGCCAUUGUUAGAUAAAGCCCACAAAGAUAAAAUUUCUCCUGAUGAAGUCACGGCAUUCAAGCCACUUGGUGGUCAAGGUGUGACCUGUGCUGUACUUGGACAUCCCGGCUUUGUAUAUUCCGUUGACUUUUGUCCUCGCCCUGGAAAUAAUCCAAAUCUACAAUCAGUACGGAGCAUAUUCAAUCAGAUUCUCUUUUUGGCUACAUCCUGUUUCGACAAAAUUGUGCGUAUUUGGGCGGUAAACGGAAAACGAGUAAAGCUUCUACAAGAACUUCAGGCUCACCAAAAGAAUGUUAACUCGGUGGCAUGGGCAGGAACCGAUCUUUCACUUUAUUCAGGAGACGCCUCUGGUACUAUCGCCAUAUGGCAAUUUAUUCCUCCCGAAUUAGACAAAAGGGACAAUAGCAAGGGAAAAACAGAGCUGCCCUCUUGGUCUCUACUAAAAGUCAUUCAAGAUCCUGAGCUGCUGGCGAGUUUUUGUUCUUUUUACCUACCGUUUACUUCAUUAACAGAGUCAUUCUAUUCAGAUUGA